GUAACAGGAUAGAAAAUGGUCCCCAGCACCUCACCCUGAUCCUCUGCGCCCUCUGCUCAGGCUCUGCCAUUUUUGCAGCCAUGCAUCAUAUCUGUCUGCGGCUCACACGUGCGUGAUCUCCAUGGCGACUUGGGCACUUGAGGUGGAAAUAUGAGCUGCAUCAUCUCCCCCUGUUGUCCAUCGACAUAAAAUGCAGUGUUCUGGAACAUGAAAAAGGCAAUACAUUUCCUCCAGUUCUUUGUAAGCUGAUAUGAAGUACACAGACACCUUCUGAAGUUUUGUGCAUGCUGUGCUCUUUUUUUCUUUGCUGCAACAAGAAAAGCCUUUUCUUUUAACCUGCCUUCCUUUGAAGAAGUAACUCAGGAAGCUUCAUGGCUUCUCAAGAAUCUCAACGACAAACAAACCCGAUCUUUAAGGAUUACCUCCCUGGUUCUUCUGGCCUUCCUGAACAAGAUAAUCCUGUUGAACCCAUAAGCCUCUGGAAGCAAACAUCGCAUGCUCAUAACUUGCCACCUGGUCUGGAGUACCUGAAUCAGCUGGACCGGAUAAUUAUUCAUCAGCAGGUGGAGCUCCUUGAAGCCAUACUUGGCACAGAGACCUGCAGCAAAUAUGAGAUAAAAAACCAUUUGGGACAAAGAGUUUACUUUGCAGUGGAAGAAAAUGGUUGCUUUGAUCGUAACUUGUGUUCGCCUAUAAGGUCUUUCACCAUAAGGAUCGCUGAUAACUCAGGCCGAGAAGUGAUUACAGUGAAUAGACCCUUGAGAUGCAACAGCUGCUGGUUCCCCUGCUUCCUGCAAGAGCUAGAAGUGCAGUCCCCACCAGGUACAAUAGCUGGGUACGUUGUACAGAACUGGGACCCUUUUCUGCCUAAGUUUACUAUACAGAAUGAAAGCAAAGAAGAUGUCCUAAAAAUAAUUGGCCCAUAUGCAACCUGUGGCUGUUUUGAAGAUGUUGAGUUUGAGGUAAAAGUUCUCAAUGAAAUGUCAACAAUUGGCAAAAUUUCCAAGUACUGGUCUGGAUUUGUAAACAAUGUCUUUACCAACACUGCCAACUUUGGGAUCCAGGUCCCAGUAGAUCUUGAUGUGAAAAUCAAGGCAGUGAUGAUUGGUGCAUGUUUCCUCAUCGACUUAAUGUUCUUUGAAAACUCUCUGGAUGGAUUAUAACAGGAUGACAGAAACAAUAAAAUAUGCAGAAUGUGUUUCAAAAUCCCUUGAGCUUUGGACAUGAUUUUGAACUGCACAAAUCCUUGUUCCGUACAGGAAAAGAAAGGGAGCUAAUGAUGUUGUUUAUUAAAAUAUUUCUCAUGUAAAUAAUAA